ACUACCCUAUGUAAUGGCGAACUUUUAUAUUUUUGUGAUUCAGAUGAAUAACUUAAAUCAUUUCUGACAGCGUCGGUGCUUCUUGUAGGUUUUUACGUUUGCGACGUCGUCACUUUUAGCCAGAAACGCUCCCGAUCCGCGCCGGAACGUCGCCGCGUCCAAGGCAGGCGAGGAUGGGGUUAAAAGUUAAAUCCCCGGAGCCGGUAUCGGGGUAUCUGAUAAAACUCUCUCGGAGAUCAAAGCUGAAGGACGCGCUGCUCUUCUGAACAUUGGACUCCAUCGCGUUCUUCUCUCCGCAAAACACCUGUAAAUUUUCCAUGAAGGAAAGGGGGAGGUGUGUGUGUGUGCGUGUCGGCAGAUGAGGAGGAGGACCGUAAAGCAUCGAUAAUACAGUCCCCACGGCAUCAGACUGUUAUUGAUCUGAGCAAACAGUCCGGACCUCCUCCGUGAGAAGACACGGGUUGCGGGCAGCACAGGCAAACCGACCGAAAAACGCGACGGAGCAAAAAGUCUUGCCUGCCCGCAGUCAUGAAUGCUGCUGUGGAGGUUUUGGCGUACGUGCUGGGGUUCCUGGGCUGGAUAAUGGUCGGGAUAGCGCUGCCCAAUCGAUACUGGAAGGUGUCGACCGUGGACGGCAACGUUAUAACCACCUCCACCAUCUACGAAAACCUGUGGAUGUCCUGCGCCACGGAUUCGACCGGAGUCCACAACUGCCGAGAGUUUCCGUCUCUGCUCGCCCUGUCCGGAUAUAUCCAGGCGUCCCGCGCUCUCAUGAUCGUCUCCGUCGUGAUGGGCGCCUUAGGCCUGGUGUCGGGCAUCGUCGGGCUGCAGUGCACCAAGCUGGGAGGCGACAACUACAUGCUGAAGGGGCGACUGGCCGGCCUGGGCGGCGUCUUCUUCCUGCUGCAAGGUCUCUGCACCAUGAUCUCUGUAUCCUGGUACGCCUUCAACAUCACGCAGGAGUUCUUUGACCCAUUUUAUCCCGGGACAAAGUACGAGAUCGGCGAUGGCCUGUACAUCGGGUGGAGUUCUGCCAUGCUGGCGAUCUGUGGGGGCGUCUGCCUGCUCUUUGCCUGCAAAAUGGGAACCGAGGAGAAAGUUGGAUACCCUUACCAGCCCUACAGGGGGACGGUGGUUUCGGGGUCAGCGGCCCACCGAGACGCCCCCAGCCAGUACGACAGGAAUGCCUAUGUGUGAAUGAGGGACGGGAGAGAUCGGAGGGACCCCCGAACCCCAGGAUGGCUCUGGAUGGCUCAGAACAGCAGCGCCGACGCCUCUAAAAACCAACUGCAUUCUUCCUGCUUCCCAGCACGUUUACUUGUGGCUGAGAUGGAAAAGAAAGGCAAUAAUCAGAGUAAACUACAACCCUGGACCAUGAGCGUAGGGGUGGAUGUCCUAAAACUUUUGGUUCUCGGAUGUAGGAAAGGCUCCGAGAGAGAAGAGGCCAUUCUGUCGAUUGUCAUCAGAUAGUUCCCUUUAGCUCUGUGAUCCCAGAAUCCCAUCAGCAGUCCUCUAGAAUCUCAGCACUCCUCCUCCCCCCACACACACAUCACCAUCGCCUCCAGCGACUCAGAGCUCCCACACGUGGGUAGUGCACCCUCUGUGUGCACAGCGGCUUCCUGAAUACGAGCCGCGCUCGACAAGCAUUUGACGGCCCCCAGCUCCUGGUCCCUAAGUGGGAUUGAAGACUUUGUCCGAUUCCUUUUGGCAACUCGCGAAACGUCUUGAGUGCCGAAGGCCCAGUUAGCAUAACAUUGAUUUUGGGGUCCAUUGGCUGUCUGCUGAGCGAUCAGACCUGGCAGGUGGCCCAGACUGCCUCUUCUCCUUGUAGCCCUUCUCGUGUGCUGAUGUGCUCGUGACGGUCUGUGUGAAUGAGAAAGGAAGUAGAUCAGGGCCUCACAGCUCCAGUUCCACAGGGCUGCAGUGUCUUCAGCCUUUCCUUCCACCCAAGCUCUUAAUGACCCAAUUGAUCUCAUUAUUGACUUUUGAGUUAGUGGAUUUCUCCAGGAGUUGUAUAGAACUCUAUGUGAGCUGCUGGUUCGAGGCUCUUUGGGACUGGAGCAGGACAGCCCUGGCACUGCCAAAUAAACCUCAGAUCCCUACGCAGUGAUGUAUAACAAGCUAACCUGCCUGGAGUUUCAAUAAGCUUUUUAAUAGCACUGUAAGAACAACCUCCAUCCUAACCUGCCCAUCAAUCUCACACAAGGGGUCACCAGCAGACUUCAGGGCUCAAUGUGUCUUCCAGUCUUGACCUCAAGUGACCCCUUAAUUACACAAUCAAACUUAGUAAUUGCUUAAUUGCAUCCUCAUUAGCAGAUUCUGCAGGUCUUAUGCUGAUGCGGAUUCGUGAUGACUCUCCAGGAAAGCAUCUUGGAAAAUGAAGCACUUGCAAACUGGAACGUCACACUGGACAUUCCAGUGAAGGGUUCUGUAGUUUCUGGCGUAAGGACAGGACAGGCAUUGUGACUCCCACUUACCCCAGACCCGGGAGCACACGCCUUAUUGUUCAACUGUUGCAGAAUUUGCGCAGUGCACUGGGGAGAUAGGAACAGAGUUUAUGAGACAAAACUCAGAGCACAGAGAGGAGCAUACACUAACACAGCAGGAUGUGGUAAUGUUGUUCAGGGCUUGUCAAAAGCAUGACUUUUGAUGUUUAUAAUGACACAGUUGUACUUAAGCACUUUUGAUAGGUCCCAGGGUCUCUGUGUGCAGGCUGGUUUUUGGAGAAACUUUCAGAUUAUGUGCUGAGCUAUAUUCAUUCUGAUUUUAUUGUUGCUGUUUUAGAUAUUCUGCAUUGUUUCUUAAAUAAAUGCUAUUUUUACAAUCUA